UUUAUUAUCAUAUUUCCCUUCAAAGUUUUGAAAGAUUGUAAGAAUAGGGUUUCUUUUCCUGUUUUCUUAGGCAUCAAUUCAACUAUUCUAAUUCCCAAUUCAACCCAGUCCUAGGCAGAAGAAAAAACACACUCACAAGUGCAAACACAGAAUCACACAGAGACAGUGGAUUUUUGAGUUUCCUUCAAACACGGUUUGGUUCGGGUCAGAAACGCACCCUCAUUCCAUUCAACUGAAGUGUCCGCCACGCCCCCAAAUUCAACUCCCAUACAUACAUUUAUAUACAUAGAUAUGCCAAAAUCUUACAUGUACUCAUUCUUUGUAGCUAAAGUUGGGAUUUUGUGAACUCUUGUGAGAGACCCUUUUUUUUGUUGUUGUCUGGGAAUCGGUGGAAUAACUUGCGGAAGAUGGCGGCCGCCGGUGACCACCGGAGCAUGAAAGAGAUUGUCUAUGAUGCCUCCGCCGGUGCCGCUGCGGGUGCAAUAGCGGCUACAUUUGUUUGCCCAUUGGAUGUGAUAAAGACGAGGUUUCAAGUCCAUGGCUUGCCUGAAAUGCACCCUUCCGGUCGUGGAGGCAGUGUCAUCCUUGUGAGCCUACAGAAUAUUGUCCGGAACGAAGGUCUGAAGGGACUUUACCGGGGCCUUACACCAACAUUGGCAGCAUUACUUCCAAAUUGGGCAGUGUACUUUACAGUUUAUGGACAUCUUAAAGAAAUACUACAUUCAUAUGAGGGUGGCAAGGGCCAACUUACAAUUGCUUCAAAUAUGAUAGCUGCUGCAGGAGCUGGUGCUGCAACAGCCGUCGCAACAAAUCCAUUAUGGGUUGUCAAGACACGACUUCAAACACAAGGAAUGAGGCAAGAUGUUGUUCCUUACAAGAAUAUAUUUUCUGCCCUGAGACGAAUUGCACAUGAAGAAGGAUUUCGAGGAUGGUACAGUGGCCUUCUGCCUUCCUUGGCUGGAAUUAGUCACGUUGCGAUCCAGUUCCCUGCAUAUGAAAGAAUAAAGUUCUACUUGGCUAAACGAGACAAUAAAAGCAGUAAUGAACUCAGCCCCUGGGAAGUUGCAGUUGCCUCGUCAUUUUCAAAAGUAGUUGCAUCUGUAUUGACUUAUCCACAUGAGGUUGUGCGAUCAAGGCUACAAGAACAAGGUCAAGUACGGAACUCUGAGUUACAGUAUACAGGUGUUAUUGAUUGCAUUAAGAAGGUGUUCCAAAAGGAAGGCAUUCCCGGGUUUUAUCGUGGCUGUGCUACUAAUCUCUUCAGAACAACUCCAUCAGCAGUGAUAACAUUCACAAGUUAUGAGAUGAUACAUAGAAUUUUGCGGCAUGUGUCACCUCCCGAGGAGAAGCAUCCAGAACCACAUCCUAAGCCUGAUGGUGGAAUCAAUUCCCAGAAGGGAACAACAAGCCCUGGAGACAGCAAUAAUUUAGACCAAUCUGUAAACCCAUCUAACGAUAGAACUCAUUUUAUUCCUUUGGGAAAUACGGAUAAAGUAGCUGUUAGGCAUUGAGCCCACAGAUUAUUUACCACAAGUUGAACAAUUUUAGAUUUUAAAGUCAAUAAAAAGCAACUGGAAACUCAAUUACUUAA